CCUGUUUAUUCGAACAUGAAGGACCUUCCGCCCGUAGAGUCCUUGGGGACCGCCAUCGCCCUGUGCCAACUGCAGGGAUAUGUGAUGUCAAAAAGCGCAGAUGAGCCCUUCUUUUCUUUAGAAUUUAAGAAAAUCCCCUACGGGUUGCAACACCCAGCUACUGCUGCAACGGCGCCAGUGAAUGCGGAGAAAAACCGAUACAAAGAUAUGUAUGCCUAUGACCACUGUCGCGUAGUGCUUGACAUUGUUGAUGGCAAACAAGGCAGUGAUAACAUCAAUGCUUGCUUCAUCGAGGGUUUCUUCAAGAAGCGAGCUUAUAUUGCAUCGCAAGGCCCAACGAAGGCUAUGAUGGAUGACUUCUGGCAAAUGAUUUGGCAAUAUGACGUAUCUACCGUAGUCAUGGUAACGAAUCUCGUUGAAAUGGCAAAAAUGAAAUGUUUGCGGUACUGGCCUCUUGAAGUUGGUUUCAAGAUGGAUUUCCAAGCACUCACAACAACUUUGAUCUAUAAUGAGGAGUUCACAGACUAUACAGUUCGGAAGCUUAAAUUGUCAAACAAGGACAAGCCAAGUAUCUCGCGUGUGGUUACCCACUUUCAUUACACGGCAUGGCCCGACAAAGAUGUGCCCGCUAGCACUUCGAGCCUCUUGCACUUCUGGCGUAGGAUCAGGGCCCACGAUCCCGACAAAAAGCAACCAUGGGUCGUUCAUUGCAGCGCCGGUGUUGGUCGGACGGGCACAUUCAUCGCCAUGGACAUACUGAUAGACGAGGGUCAGGCCAGACAAACUGUCGAUAUCUACGCCUGUGUGACCAAGUUGAGACAGCAACGAGUUAACAUGGUUCAAACAGCGGGCCAAUAUAAAUACUUACACAGACUGAUAGUGGAAUACCUGACUCUUCGCAGUCAGUUCGUGUCCAACGAUGAGUUUGCCAAUUACCAAAACAUCCUUCUCCAAGUCGACCAAAAGCUAAACAAAACUGGACUGUUUUUACUAUAUGAGACAGAGGCAUCCUACCACACACUGGAGCUUGCUGGGGCAAACAUCAAAGGUGACGAGGGGGAUCCUUAUUCCGUUGCUACCAUGCCUGAAAACGCGAAGAAAAACAGAUUCGAUACUAUACUACCGAAUAACCGAUAUCGAGCGAUGUUGACUGUUCCUGUGGACGAAAGAAAUGACUACAUCAACGCUGUAUAUAUGCCGAGCUACAAGGUGGACAACAAGUACAUCCUUACUCAGAAGCCCCUGUCUGACACUGUGGUGGACUGCUGGAGACUCAUAGAGAGCAGGGACAUCAGUCUGGUGGUGACAUUCCCCGAUGAGGGAAAUGAACAGUAA